CUCUCUCUCUCUCUCUCUCUAACUACUCUCCCUUCUCUCUCAGACGCGCGCGCGCAGAGACGGGCGGACGGAGGAGCAUGAAAGCCUCGGCCUCCAGAACGCCGCCGCCGUCGCCGCCGCCGUUCCACCGGUACUUGAAACCCGGGGCGCUGGCUCGGCUCCGGGACUCCAGGAUCAGCUCCCGAUCUCACAAGCCGGACCCUCUCUCUCGGUUCGACCCUUCCCGCGCACGAAACCAAACCGCCCAACUCCAGAUCCCCGGGGCCGAUCCGGCGCCUCAGCUGCUCCUCGGCGGCGGCGGCGGCUGCGGCCCUCGUUGCCUCGCGAGGAAACGGCUCGUCGCCCAUAGAUCCGUGCUUUUACAGAGCCUGGACUCCAGUGUUGGCCGCAGCGGCGGCGGCGGCGGCGAUCCCUUCUUGAAUGCGUCGGGCAACGAUGCUCUCGUCGCUCAUUGACUAGCGCAGUGAAUAAGUCCCUUUUUUUUUUUUCCGUUUUUUAUAUUUUUUCUGGAUUUGCUUUGGUCGAUUUGGUUAGGUUCGAUACCCUGAUAACGUGUAUCAAAUCAUAAUAAAAACUCUGCAGUCCAUAUAAUGCCCGGAUCGACAUCGUCAACGGUUAAA